AUGACCUCCUGGACGCCUCAGCAAGCAGGCUUGCAAGAAAUCCUGCAGACUAUCCAUGACUCCACCGACACACGCAACACCGCCGUACAGCGGAACAUCACCCACAAAUUGAACAACUUCACCCGCGCACCCGACUACAUCGCAUACCUCGCCUACAUUCUCUCGGCGAUGCCCCAGGAGGACGACCGGAUCCGCACCAUUGCGGGCUAUCUCCUCAAGAAUAAUGCUCGCCUCAUCUUGCGCGCCGCGCCAGAUGUCACCGCGUUCGUCAAGUCUGCAGUUCUCGCCGCCUUCAACGAUCCGUCGAUCAUGAUCCGAGGCGCGGCUGCUCAAGACAUCGUCGCGUUUCUCGGCAUCUUGGAGCCCAAGAACUGGCCGGAGUGUCUGCAGCAGCUGGUACAUAUGUUGGACGCUCCCAAUGCAGAUCAGCAAGAGGCUGCGUUCAACGUUCUCGAGAAGGCUUGCGAGGACUACCCGCGAAAGCUGGACGUGGAGAUCAAUGGCACAAUGCCAUUAGACUUCAUGAUCCCCAAGUUCCUAGUACUUUCGGAGCAUCCGUCCUCGAAGAUGCGCGCGCACGCGGUCGCCUGCCUCUCGUACUUCGUUCCCAUCGGCUGCCAGGCGCUGUUCGCGCACAUCGACACAUUCAUCGCUGCACUCUUCAAGCGCGCUGCGGACGACGACCCGACCGUGCGUAGGCACGUCUGCCAAGCGCUGGUCUUGUUGCUUGCAUCUCGUCCAGAGAAACUGAUGCCGGAGAUGAACAACGUUGCCGAGUACAUGCUCUACUCGACUCGAGACCGGAACGAGAACGUCGCGCUCGAGGCGUGCGAGUUCUGGCUCACAUUUGCCGAGGACCCCGACCUCGCGCCGUACCUCCACCCGCUGCUUGGCAAGGUGGCGCCGACGCUGCUUGACUGCAUGGUGUACAGCGAGGACGACCUGCUGUGGCUCCAGGGCGACGAGGAGGACGCUGCAGUGCCGGACAAGGAGAGCGACAUCAAGCCGCGGCAUUACGGCGGCAAGACGCACGGGCUCGAGCACGAUGCAAAUGGCGAUGACGCGGGCGCGGCGAAGCGUGUCGGCGCUUAUGGCGAGGAACUCGACGAGGGCGACGAAGAUGAUUAUGACGAUCUUGACGAUGACGAGUUCGCCGAGGAGAUGUCGACGGAGUGGAACCUGCGCAAGUGUGCGGCGGCGGCAUUGGAUGUUCUCGCAGUCCGGUUUGGUCCUGAUUUGUUGAACGUGCUCCUGGAGCCUCUGAAGACGAAGCUGUGGAGCGACGAUUGGCUGCAGAGAGAGAGCGGCAUAUUGGCGUUGGGAGCGAUGGCGGAAGGAUGUAUCGAUGCCAUCGAGCCUCAUCUGCCCACCCUAGUUCCUUACCUGAUCAACACACUCAACGAUCCCAAGCCUUUGGUCCGGUCGAUCACCUGCUGGACGCUUGGUCGUUACGCCAGCUGGUGUACGCAGCCGAUCUCAGAAGAACACAAGAAUACAUUCUUUGUGCCGACUCUGGAAGGGCUCCUGCGGAUGGUUCUCGACAACAACAAGCGCGUGCAAGAAGCAGGAUGCAGUGCCUUCGCCACCCUCGAGGAGGAUGCGGGCCCAGAGCUCGCACCUUAUCUCGAGCCCGUGCUGCGCAACCUCGUGUUUGCCUUCGACAAGUACCAGCACAAGAAUAUGCUCAUCCUGUACGACGCAGUCGGCACGCUUGCAGAUGCCGUCGGCUCAGCAUUGCAGAACCCGACAUACGUCGAGAUCCUCAUGCCCCCUCUCCUCAAGCGCUGGUCGAAGCUCAAGGAUGACGAUGAGGAUCUUGUUCCCCUGCUUGAGUGUUUGGCCUCCGUUACUAUUGCGAUGGGCCCCGCAUUCCUCCCAUAUGCCGGACCAAUAUUCGAGCGAUGUGCGACGAUCGUGCACACAUCCUUGCUCCAGUACCAGGCAUACCAACAAAAUCCAGACAUGGACGAGCCCGACCGCUCAUUCCUUGUCGUGGCACUCGAUCUUCUCUCUGGUCUUACCCAAGGAUUAGGCAUGGCACUUGAGCCGCACAUCUUGCGCGGUCAGCCCAACCUACUCUCCCUACUGACUGUCUGCUUGAAGCACCCACACGCGGCCGUGCGGCAGUCUGGAUAUGCGCUUGUGGGCGAUAUGGCGAUGAACUGCUUCCCCUUGCUGAGGCCACACAUUCCAGCGAUCAUGCAGGAGCUCAUUGUUCAGCUCGAUCCCGAGCCCAAGGUUGAGUUUAUCAGUGCAUGCAAUAAUGCAGCGUGGGCUGUCGGAGAGAUCGGACUUCGCUACGGUCGCGAUGACCCCGAAUUCCAGCAAUGGGUUCACCCGCUCGUCUCACGUCUUAUUCCCAUACUGCUCCACCCCAAGGCACCGAGGAGCCUCCACGAGAAUGCGGCUGUGUCGAUCGGCCGUAUCGGACUCAUGCAUCCGUCGCUUGUUGCACCACUCUUGCCGGAGUUCGCGCAGGCAUGGUGCCAAGCCCUGUACGAGAUCAGGGACAACGAGGAGAAGGACUCCGCUUUCCGCGGUCUUUGUACCCUCGUCCAGACGAAUCCCGCGGGUAUCACGAAGAGUCUGUUAUGGUUCUGCAACGCCAUCGUGCGGUGGAAUCAGCCUUCGCCGGAGCUCAAUAGCAUGUUCCAGCAACUCCUCAACGGCUUCAAGCAGCAUGAUGCCGUUGGCUGGGCUGCGCAGGUCGCAACGUUCCCCCCCGUCAUCCAGGAGCGGUUAGCGACGCGGUACGGCGUGUAAUCGAGCCAUGUUCGCCCUAUUCUAAUGGUUUCCUGGCUUUCCCUGCUCCCAACCCUCUUGGUCUCAAUUUAUCGCCUUACGUGUAUCACAAGAUUCCCGUCGUCCAUCCCAUAGUACCACUACUGUUACUCCCACUGUGUCGGUAUACGCUUUCUGUGUCGUUAUCUCCUGCCACCCUUUCACGUUUACAUUUCACCACCACUGUCCUUGCUCGUGACCUCAUCGAAUCGCUUCUCCCGCACAACUGAAGUACAUGCGUACUGUACCUAGUAGUCUUGUCUGCCUCAUCUGUCCGCGUGUCCAACUCGCAUCCAUCCUGGAUCAUUUUACGUAGUGUAGUAUUCACCUUCGCGCGGUUUUCUCUCCUCACGAGAGCCGCUGUCUUUAUUGUCAUGCUCUUCAAAUCUUUGCUCGCUUGAUUCUCCUAUAUUGCGUCGUAGCCGCAAUGCCUCUAGCUGUCAUAACUAUCGCCACC